UUAGAGAUUGUAAUGAAUUAGGGUGACAUUAGGGGACCUCAAGCUGCGGUUAAUCCUGAACAUGGUGUCUCCUCUGAAAACACUGUGCUAUAUCAUCAUAGUUUUAAUUGUCAUGGAUCUUUAGCAUAUUUAAAUAAAAUCUUUUCCGUUUCUAAAUAUUGAUUUAAAUAGAAUUAGCACAUGAAAACCGUUCAACCCAAUAACACAGAUCAAUAUGGCUGAGGGUUUUUAAAUGUCUCUGGCACUUUAAAUUGGGCCUUUAGAGUUGUAACGAGCUAAAUCUUGUUUCCAAUGGUAGUGGCAUUGUGUAUAGAAACUCGAUAGAAUUCGGGCCAGCACUACUGUAUUGAAGCCUUCUCUGUAUAUAGAUAAAGAAUCACCUUGUUUAUGAGGGGAUAUACUGAGCUGCCCCAUCUUAGGCCAGUUAUGGAAAUUUUAUGAUAUAUGUGGAGUAAACAAAUGGAUAGACAUGCUACCUUAAGUUGAACACAAGUAACAGGAAAAUCCACAGAACAUGCAAAAUCCGGACACCAAGGAUGCACCAGCAGAAAACAAAACUGAGGGUGCCACUGGUACAGACCCAGGUAAACCUGACACCACUAAGAAGGAAGCCACUGUCAGUAAACUGGAGGCCACAAACUCAGAUAAAACUGACAGUCAGACGGUCAAACAUGACAGUGGACUGAACCCAACCAAACCAGAUACGGCCAAAGACAAACCGGACACCACCAAAGACAAACCGGACACCACCAAAGACAAACCAGCUGAUACCAUAAAAGAAAAACCGGAUACCAAUAAAGAUAGCACCACCAAGGAAACCAAAGAGGAGGCAUCAAAAGAAAAGAUAAAGAAUGGGAAAAAGUCCCCCCAUGUCCGCUCUACCAGGCUCCCCGCCUGUAGCCUCCCCGUUAACAUGCAGCCGACAUUUUACGUGGGUGGAGGAAACGGUGUGUCACUAGUGGAGGCCCCACUACUCAAUCUUGGAUGGAAGCGGACCAAUGACAAAUAUGAUGAGCGUUUUAGACUGAAGUGGGUGGAGUGCAAGACUAGAAUCAAUUACAGUGCUUUCAAAGAAGGUGAACAGUUGGUUAAUCACAUCCCUAAUGGAAACCUUCUGACUAAUAAACUGGGACUUCUCAACAGUCUCCAGGAGUAUGAAAGAGUUACCAUGAGUACCAAAGGUCGACCUCCCAGGUUACGCUUCACUGACUUUGUUCCCGAGACCUACAGAUUUGAUGAAAAGCAUGACCGAGAAGUGUUCUUGGAACGGUAUAAAGACCCGGAGCUUUGGAUCUGUAAGCCCACAGGUAUGAAUCAGGGGAAAGGAAUCUUUAUCAUUAGGAGUCGGGAGGAGGUUAACAAAUUGAUAGAGGAGCGCGAGCAGAGGAGGGAACAGCUGGCCAAGUCCUCAAAAACCAUGAUGACCCGCAUUGUACAAAAGUAUAUAACCAAUCCAUUGCUUCUAACUGAGAGGAAGUUUGACAUCCGUGCAUACAUGUUGAUUGCCAGUACAACCCCUUAUUUGGUGCUAUAUCACAAAGGCUAUGUGAGACUGUGUUGUAACAAAUACAAUGAAGAUUCCAAAGAGUUGUCUACACACCUAACUAACCAGUUUGUGCAGAAAAAGGACCCUAAUUACAAAGACAUUAAAGAAGAUACAGCUUGGAGCAUGGACAAGUUUAAUCAGUAUAUUAAUGAGAACAUAGCCCCACACAAAGAGCUGGAACAGGACUGGGUCUACAACACACUCACUAAACAAAUGCAGAAGAUCAUGAUCCACUGCUUUAACAGUGUUAAACACAAACUCCAGUCCAGGGUUGGAUUCUUCGACCUUUUUGGACUGGACUUUAUGGUGGAUACAGACUUCAAAAUUUACCUGAUAGAGAUCAAUGUGAACCCGGCUCUCCACUGUAAUUGUGAGGCACUGAAGGAGGUGAUUCCAGGGGUGGUGGAGGAGACACUCUUUGUGGCCAUUGAAUGCUUUGAAAAAACACGCAAAAACCAGCAACUACUGCCUUUGAAUUCAUUAAGAGGUUUUUCUAUACUUUACUGUGGUUCUAGGCCAUACAAUAUGCCUUCCAGGCCUAGCCGCAGUGUUUCACCCACGAAAGACAACACACCACAAGAAAAGCGUGCUUCCAUUCCAAACACUGCUGUUCCUACUGCACCACGAUCUCUCCACCGGUUGAGCACCACCAGUACUCCGGUUGUGUCUGCUCCACCGGUUGUGUCUGCUCCUAAACCAACACUAACAACUGAAAAGUCAUCCACUGACAAAAACAGUGAAAAAGACUCCACUAUUAAAAAGCAGCCAGUUGUGACUGAUGUUCACAGGGUCUCUAACCCCAAUGCCAAGCUAUCGGAUAUGGUCUCAUUUUCUUCCACUACCCUGCUGGCAGAGGCUGGAAAUCUAUUAGGCCAGACCUCCAAUAAACUGGAUGAGUCAGCAACAUUGAAAACGAGCCAUGGUGAUGAGAAACAAACAGAAGAGGAUGAAAAACUGAAAAAGGAGGAUAGUAACUUGAAGGAAAAGGCACAGUCUGUAGCAAAGAGCUCAGAAGGUGUGGUACUGAACCUUUCUCCUCUUGAAAAACAAAAGUCAACAAUGGCUGAGGAGAAGUCAAGUGUUGCUGACUCUCUAGUCAGUUCUACCACCAAGACCACCACAACCACUUCUACCAGCAAAGCAAAACCAUUUGUCGGCCGGUUGUCUGGUAACACCACUUCUGUACCUGCUACCUCCUCUGUGACUUCCAUCCCAAAAUCCAGUCCUGGUGACACCAACUCUUCAGCAACCACCUCAAAGCCAGGACUGACUGAAAUCACACCGAAACCAGCACAUCCGUACGUUAUAAUGACUAGCACUACCAGCACAAACCCCAUACCAACUAAAAAUGUAUCAAAUUUUCCUCUUAUUACAAACAAUGGAAAUAGAAGUGCUCGCCAUAAUUCAAACACUCAAUCUCUUCGCUCAUCCAAAGAGACCAGUGGUAAACUUUCGAUUUCUGGAGGCUUGAGUUCAAAUCCUUAUAAUCUCACUAGCUCAUUAGGGAAAACUCAAGGCUCUGCAGUGUAUCUCAACACAGCCACUACUAGAUCUCUUAAUGUGACAGGAUCUAAUGCGUUAUCUACCGCAAAUUCACAUGCAAGCUCAAACAGUGCCAAACUAAUGACUGUCCCCUCUGUUACAAUAUCAGAACCUGGCCCUAAAACAAUAGCAACUCUGACUCUAACCAGCUCUAGAAGUGGAUUCAUGGGAAGAAAUGAGGUCAAGUCUGCCGUCCGACGAAGCAGGGAUAGGGACAAACCGGACAGGGGGAAUUGACUACUACGCUAUUCCAAGUACAGCUGGGGGUGACAUCUGGUGGGAGAAUUAAACAAGGGAAACAACCUAGUCUGUCUCAACAGUCAAUGUACAAAGUAUCUGUGAUAUUAUGACACAGGGUACCUAAGGGCUUAAAAGGUCUUAAUGUUAAUCACUUGAAAUGUACCCACACAAGCUUAAGUGCAGCACUUUAAAUUUUUUAAUGAAUGUAUUUUCUAAGAGCAGGGAUAUUCAUAUUAGUAGUAGAAUAUGAAUCAAAUCAACUCAUCUGCUAGCUUUAUCAUUUUUUUAAUAGAACAGAACUAUUUUUUUCACUAAUAUUUAUUGCAUUGUACCAACAUUAGUAUUAAGAUACAGGUACUCAUAAAAUCUAU